AUGGCUGCGUACCAGGGAAACCUCGAGCAACUUGAAGUUCUUCUGCGCAAGGGAGACGAAGACCACAUCUUCAACGGAGACGUCAAUAUGCACUACACGGACGUGAACGCACUUCAUAUGGCUGCCAUGGCAGGCCAUGCUUCAUGUGUAAA